GAGUUCGCUGAGUGCGUGCUGAGCCUGCAGCAGGCCGCCUGCGCCUCUCUGCCGCUGCUGCCGCCCGGCGACAUCUUCCGCCGCACCUCGGCAGCGGGACACCUCUCUCUCCGCUGCUGCUCGACCCCUAGACGGCGUGGGCAACUUCCCAGCUCCUCUCUCUUCCACCCCAAGCGUAGCGCGUCGCCAUGGCCACGCCUUCAUCUUCGCGCCUGGCGCCAGACGCCAUGGACCAAGACGAGUAUCCGAUCGCGUCUUCCUCGCGCGCCUCCUCUUCUGCUGCGGCACACGAGCGACGCAGCAGUGCCUCUUCCACCUCUGCGCCGCACGCCGACGCAGAAGAGGCACGCUGGCGCGCCAUUCGCGAUGCCGGCGAUGCCGCUGGUCCCGCCGCGGCCGACACGCCAGGUCGCGAGGGUGCCGCCACGCCCAAUGCCUCCUCGCACGGUGGCUAUGAUGAUGAAGCCGCGACCGAGGAGGAGACGUAUGAGGCCAGCACGCCCUCGCGCGCUUCGCUCAGCGUAGACGCCGAGGACGAGGACGUCAAGAUUGCGAUCAUGGCACUGGGAGCCAUGAAGCACUUGGAUGGAAGAUCGCACGCGGCGGAGACGGGAGAGGACGAGGGGAGCGCCGGGUCGGCGGCUGCGAGGAUACGACGAGCGCCUUCUCCAGCAAGAGGCUCUUCAUCGUACCACUCCGCCUCUUCCGCACCCUCUACCAACUCGACGACGAUUUCGUCUCCCAUUUCGACGCCCGGCUCGGAGACGACCGGUCUUUCAGUGCCCUCGACCUCUUCUCCCAAGGUCCCACGCACGUUGGGCGAUCUGCCGCCCGACUUUCCCUUCCCGGCAGUGGUGCAGGAUGAGGACGGAAACGAGGUCACCGUCGAUCCGGAGAUGAUGAAGGACGCAGACUUCCUGAGGAAGGUCUCCCACUUGCCGAUUGUGCGAGGGACGCUGCGCGCCUACGAGCUCUCAAAGCAGCACAGCCGCGUCGUCAAGUACGGCUCGGAUCUGGUGGAGAGCGGCGUCAAGGCCAUCUCGCGUCCAGUAGUCAGCCGCGUCAGCGCCAGAUUGGGGGAGAAGGGCGUGGAGCAGUUGGAUGCCUUUGCUGCGCGGCAACUCGAGCGGCUUUACCCGUCGGCGGAAGGCACGCAGUCGCGCAAGGAGCGCCAAGAGGUGCUGGAUGAGCUCGACGAGCGCGAGAGGACGGAGUGGAAGGACAUGAGCGUCGAGGAGAAGUCGAAGCGGCGCAAGGCCUACUUUGCGCUGCGCAUGGAGGAACGAGAGCGCGAGAUGGUCGUCAACGAGCUGCGCAACCGGAAAGGCAAGAACCGUGCUUCGCAGCAGCAGCAGCAGCAGCAAGAACAGGCUCGCGGAUCAACGGCCUUGGUCGCCACGCGCAGCUCGGACGGUCACGAUGGCAGACAGCCAGGCGCGAGAGCGUACACGGCGGAACAGAGCGCCGCGGCGGCGAGAAGCCAGGCGGCAACGACGUCGAGCGGAGGUGGCUGGGGAUCCAUGCUCGUCGAGGCUGGUGUCACGGCCGGCGGCCUGAGUGCUGCCGUGAGCGAAGAGAGCAUGAAGAGCCUCAAGUACUGUCUGCAGUGGCUGCAGUACGCCACCGCCCACAUCGAGCAUCAAGUGACGAUUCUGCGCGAUCUCAUCGUGAAGCUCAACCACGGCGAGCUGGAGAUUUCGCAUGCUGCACUGCAGCAUCUCGGCAACAUCAAGGGCGAUGUGGUGCAGACGAUCCGAGGCGUCGUGGAUGUGGUGGGCAAGUACGCCGGCGGCGCGCUCCCCGAGCCCGCGCGAGGCAGCGUCAAGGCCUUCAUCCUCAGUCUUCCCGCGCGCUGGGCCACGGUCAAUCGCCCGACCGAGCUUGCGGCAGGCCCUUCCUCGCCGUCGUCCUUCGGCGGCUCGCCUGCCUCGCCCUCCUUCUCAGCCGCACACAUCAGCGGCGGCGACUCGGCGACACAACAGCUCAACCUGCCUCCUCAUCGCGCCACACAAGCUGCAGCUGCUCGGCAAGCUCAACAGAUGCACAUGGCUGCCACGACGCAGGCGGCGAACCGCGUGCUGACGCUCGCAGUCGAGUCGCUCGACGUGCUCCGAAGCGUCACGAUCGUGUUUGGCGAGUCCCUGGACCGCGCAGAUCUCUGGGUCGAACGUCUACGCGUACUGGGCCUGCAACGCAAGCGUGCUCACGAGCAGGCCGCUGCCGAAGAGGCGGCGGCACGCAUCGAUGAUGGCAUGCGGGGCGCCCUCUCCUCUCCGAGCCAGCGCAACUGGGAGUCUGCGCGCGGCAUCUCUGGACGCCACACGAGUCCCGGAGGCGACAGCAACGUCUCGGCCACGACGUCUGGCUCGAAACGCCGACGCGUCAGAGACGACGGAGUGCCCAUGUCUCGCAGUCCCAGCGUGAGCGGCACGCCUGCUCCUCGCAUGUCGUCGCAUGGCAUUAGCGACGAUGAAGGAGGCCGCACGGAGACAGAACGCCCGACUUCCACGCGCAUGGCUUCCUUUACCGCCGGCGCGUCGAGCUCGGUCUCGCCCGCCGCCGAGACUUCGGCGGCGAGCCGCAGACGCAAGCAGCGCGCGGGCAGCAAGAGUCAGAGCGGAGCGAGAACGCCGAGCGCCCACAACACGCCGGCUUUCAAGCAGCUGCAGCUGCAAGACGAGAAGCGCUGAUGCGCCCGCCAGAUCCCUUGUGCAGCGCUGCAGGAUCUCUGAGCGCGCACGCGCGAGCUACGUCUUGCACUCGACUCUUUCUCGGCCGAUCGCUCCGAGCAGCCUCUUCCCCUGUCCUUCUUCGCUUCGCGGUGAUCAUGACUCCUUCUUCUCUUCAUAUUCUCCUUCCCGCAUAUCCCCACAGCAUCCUUGCUUCUCUCUCGCCGUCAUUCUGCCG